AGUCCUCCAUUGCGCUCAAACCAUCACACCUUUCUCAUUAUAUCUGAACAACACAAACAGAGUCUUCUCUUUCCUUUUCUCUCAAAACCGCAUCAAAACGCAGCCGUUUCAUGGCACCGAGAACCGAGAAAACCGCCACCACGGCUAAACCUAACGGCAACGUGAAGGAGGUGCAUUUUAGGGGAGUGAGGAAGAGGCCGUGGGGGAGGUACGCGGCGGAGAUUCGGGACCCGGGGAAGAAGAGCCGGGUCUGGCUCGGGACCUUCGACACGGCGGAGGAGGCGGCCAAAGCAUACGACACCGCGGCGCGGGAGUUCCGUGGCGCCAAGGCCAAGACAAACUUCCCGCUGCCGUCGGAGAAUGUGAAUCUCAGUCUCUUCAAGAAAAAUGUUGGGAGUAAUAAUAUAAAUAACAAUAACAACAACAACGGCGGCGGAAAUAGCAACAGCCACAGCCCGAGCCAGAGCAGCACGGUGGAGUCGUCCAGCCGGGAGCCGGCUAUGAUGGUUGAGUCCUCCUCGCCGUUGGAUCUGAACCUCGCUCACGGCGUCAGUAGCGGCCACGCCGGAUUCGGAGCUCCGAUGAGGUUUCCCUUCCAGCAUCACCAGAUUCCGGCGAUCGGAGCCGUCAUCGGCGUUCCGACUUCGGCCGCGAAUCACGUGCUCUACUUCGACUCGGUGUUCCGGGCCGGGAUGGUGAAGAAUCACCAGCAGUACCAGCAACAGCUGAGGUUCGACCGGAAUCUCAUCCACCGUGAUUUUCUCUCCGGCGGUGGCUUCACCAGCGGAUCGCAGAGUGACUCGGAUUCGUCCACCGUCGUUGAUCUGAACCACCACGAUCAUCAGCCUCGCGGAGGAGGAUUCGACCUCGACCUCAACCUGCCGCCUCCGGCGGAACUCGCCUGAUUUUGGUUUUAGGAUAAAAGCAGCGGCGGUUGCCUGAGGAAGAUAAUAUUAGGAACUUUUUUUUUUUUUUUUGCUUUCCUGUUUUUUAUUUUCCAAUUCCGAAAAUAGAAAAACAAAAAUACGUUGUGAGCCUGCCCUAACUAAAAGAAACAAAGGCUCCCAUGUGAAUACGUAGCCUGAAGUUCUGAACCUUUUUUUUUUUGCAGCAGAUUUAAUGUUUGCUGUUCUAAAUUUAAAGACCUCUUUUUUCGUUAUCGAGUUUUCUCGUUUCAGUUGUAA